UACAUCGGGCAGGGCAUGCUGACCGGCGUGGUGGCCGGCGCCGUCUUCACCUCCCCGGCCGUGGGCAGCAUCUUGGCGGCCAUCCGAGCGGUGACGCGGGCAGGGGCAGCUGGGACCCUCCUGAUCGUGAAGAACUACACCGGGGACCGGCUGAACUUCGGGCUGGCGCUGGAGCGGGCGCGGGCAGAGGGGGCUGACGUCAGGAUGGUGGUGGUGGGGGAUGACAGCGCCUUUGCUGCCCCCAAGAAAGCUGGCAGACGAGGCUUGUGUGGCACCAUCCUGGUGCACAAGGUGGCAGGGGCUCUGGCUGAGGCAGGGGCGAGCUUGAAUGAGAUCUUUGAGAAGGUGUCAGCAGCCACCAAAGCUAUGGGUACCCUGGGGCUCAGCCUUUCUCCCUGCAGUGUCCCAGGCUCCAAGCCCACCUUCCAGCUGGCUGGGGAUGAGAUGGAGCUGGGCCUGGGGAUCCACGGCGAGGCAGGCGUGCGCAGGAUGAAGUUGCUGCCGGCGGAUGAAGCGGUGGAGACGAUGGUGGCUCACAUGACAGACCCCUCCAACGCCUCCCGCCUGCCCCUCAGCCCUGGAUGCUCCGUGGUGCUGGUGGUGAACAACCUGGGAGGGUUGUCCUGCCUGGAGCUGGGCAUCGUGGCUGGCUCGGCUGUGCGCUGCCUGGAGCGCAGAGGUGUCCGCAUUGCCCGGGCCCUGGUGGGCUCCUUCAUGACAGCACUGGAGAUGGCUGGGGUGUCCCUCACCCUCCUCCUGGUGGAUGAAGAGCUUGUGAAGCUGAUUGAUGCCAAGACCACCGCCAUGGCUUGGCCCAACCUGGCUGCAGCACCUGCCACGAGCCAGAGACAGGAGCUGCCAGCACCGAAGGAGGGACCAGGGACCAUGCAGUAUGAGGCCACCACAGGGCCCAGCCUGGCAGGGGUGCAGCUGGUGCUGGGGAGGGUGUGCAGCACCCUGCUCAGCAUGGAGGAGAAGCUGAACGAGCUGGAUCGUGCUGCUGGGGACGGGGACUGCGGCCACACGCACGCCCGGGCUGCCCGAGCCAUCCAGGAGUGGCUGCGUGCUGGGCCGCCCCCAGCAGCUCCAGCCCAGCUCCUCUCCGCCCUGGCUGACCUGCUGCUGGAGAAGAUGGGUGGUUCCUCUGGUGUGCUCUAUGGGCUGUUCCUGACGGCAGCUGCUCGGCCCCUGCUCGACCGCAGUGACCUCCCGGCCUGGGCUGAUGCCAUGGAUGCUGGCAUCCAAGCCAUGCAGAAGUAUGGAGGAGCUGCGCCGGGGGACAGGACGAUGCUGGACUCGCUGUUUGCUGCAGCACAGGCUCUGCAAGCCCUGCGCAGCCCUGGUGCUGAGCUGCUCCCAGUGCUUUCCACUGCUGUGCAGAGUGCAGAGGCAGCAGCAGAGGCCACCAGGAGCAUGGAGGCUGGAGCAGGCAGAGCCAGUUACAUCAGCUCAGCCCAGCUGCUGCAGCCUGACCCCGGGGCUGUGGCAGCAGCAGGGGUGCUGCGGGCGGUGCUGGAGGGGCUGCAGGGCUGA